CGUGAAAAAUUAUAUCGUGAAAUCAUUUCUAAAUAUCUUGGUCCCCCAUCCAAUAUACGUCAACCUGAUUUUCUUAAAACUUUUGAACAUCCCCGAGGUCUUCAACUUGAUAUUUAUUAUCCAGAAUACAGAUUUGCGAUUAAAGUGCAAGGUGAGCAACACGACCAUUAUAUAGAAUUCUUUCAUAGAGGAGAAUCAAAUAAUUUCAUUAAACAGCAGGCAUGGGAUCAACUCAAGAAAGAAUUGUGCGAAGAAAAUUGGAUCGUUUUAAGGUAUGUUUGGUAUUACGAAGACCCAUAUGUAGUUAUUUCAGAGCAUCUUCAAGAAUUGG